AGCUUCUAGAAUAAACUCACACCUCGCGAUAUUCGUGCGCGAAUGAGAACGCUAUACGUGUGUCAUCUGGAUUGCUGUUCACGACUGGAAGCAAGUGUGCGACGCAUUUAGUCGACCCAGCUUGUGCAUAAUUACAAACAAUACGAGAAAUAUAUAGCAAGCUUUGUUACGGGCGGAGUUAUCUAGUCGCCUGCUGUUCGUUUGGCACUUUGUCGCAACGCAUCACAUCGCACCGACAGCAACGAGGUUUUCCUGCGAUCGUCUUAUCUCUGGACUAGAAGCAAAAUCGAGCUAAAUUAUGGCUGCGUCUCUGAAUUCGUUCAUACGAACGUUCAACAAUAAAUUGGAAGAGCCAGUAAGGCAGCACCUUACCAAUGUCUACGCUUGUCUUGCGGCAUCUACGAUUGCCGCAUCGGUUGGUGCCAGCCUGCACAUCUACACAGAGGUGUUCCGCGCUGGUCUGCUAUCGACAAUCGGAGCUCUCGCAUGUUUCGUGAUGCUCGUGGCAACCGCCGACGGUGAUGGCAAGCGAGUGCAACAACGCCUUGGCUAUUUGCUCGGUUUCAGCUUGCUGAGCGGUAUGGGUAUGGGCCCGCUGCUUGAAUAUGCAGCUUCCGUCAACCCGACCAUCAUUGUCACCGCGCUUGUCGGGACCUCGAUCAUCUUUGCGUCGUUUUCUCUAUGCUCGAUCUUUUCCGAGGAGGGCCGCUGGAUUUACAUGGGCGGCGCACUGAUGACUCUUUUGAAUACGCUUGUGUUGCUCACGUUGGCUAACCUCUUCUUUGGCUCUCAACUUAUCUAUAAGAUGCAUCUCUACGUCGGCCUCGCGCUCAUGUGCGGUUUUGUCCUGUAUGACACCCAACUGAUUAUUGAGAAGCGUCGCAUGGGCAACAAGGACUUUGUCACGCACUCGUUGGACCUCUUCAUUGACCUCAUCGGCAUCUUCAGACGAUUGGUUAUUUUGCUCACGCAGAAGGAGGAGGACAACAGAAAGCGACGAAACUAAUUAACUACUACAACUCAACAUAUACCUGUUUCUUAUUUUCGUUUUCAUCGAUUGGACUGCACUCAUCACAACAACACAAGUGUCAACAACCGCAAAUUGUACUCUACCGAUACCAGAAUGAAUCGACUUAUUUCGCUCAAAAUUUGUCAUUGCUGAUGGGUUAAAAAUCGUUUUUGUAACCAAAAAUUAUUCAUACAUUGUUUUCAUUUCUACUGAUGGUGUUAUAUUAUAUAUUGUUGGUGUGUGGCAAUUGAUGAUGUGCUUGGAGUUCGGCGCCAGCAAAUUGUUAUUACUUUUUAGGGCCGUUUUAUUUAAAUUAUUUGGAGUUAACAAAAAAAAAACAUUUACAGUUAGCGAUGUAUGAUAAAGGUAUACAUACAUAUACUGGGUAUAUAGAGGCAUAUGUAUAAAUUAAAUAUUUACGUAACUAUA